AUGAAUAGUCACGCCCGUCUUGGUGCCGACAGCCGCAAGCGAAGCGCCUUCCCACAUGCGAGAUCUCGCAAAUCCGUCCAGCAUGAUCAAGACAAAGCUCGGGCGACGUUACAGCAUGGCUUCUUUGUGUGCGAUGAAGCAUUGGAUGUCGGAGAAGCAAAGAAGGUGGUUGGAAUCAUUAAAGAGAUGAGGUUCUCAGAAGAACAUGGACCUCCGUCGGCCCGAAAGCUUUUGUCCAAGGACGACCAGGAUAAAAGGAGAUGCGCCUGCCUGAAUAUUCAGAUGACCCAAUAUCAGAUUCGCCUCCCUUUUGGAUAUGACUACACGUGAAUACAGAAUAGGCGCGCUCGAUGUCAACCAACGUCGCAAUAUCCCAUCUUUACUUGCCCGUACAAAAACAUCUCAGACUAAUGCAAUGCUGUAUGCAUGCACAAGUGAUCGUGCUGAUGAUCCGAUUCACAACCUUCGUUCCAAUCUCUCCUCGGCCUCUCCUCUCACAUGACACUUCGUAAAGGGCUAUGAGGGAGCUGCACGCCGUCAGUACUAUUGCUCUUGGAGCGUUUCACGAAUUGGCAGUGGUGUGGAUUGUGGUAUGGACGCACCAUUACCAUUCCCAUUGACCAUGGUCGGUGUAGCCGUUCCGC